UGAUCUGAGACGCCGAGACAGUAAGCAGCAUGAACAUGUUCUCCUGUUGGACUCUUCCAUCUGACCAAGACGAGCCGCACAGGCGGGUAAACGAACCGGAGAAGAAGGUAAAGAAGAGAAAAUGGUGGCAGAGACGCCAGAAGGUAGAGAUGCAGGACGGGGAGGAUGAGAAGGGAAACGGGGUAAAGGGUGAAGAGAUGGGGCAAGGAGUGGAGCAGAAGGUUUUAGAGGACCAGGCAGACCAAACACCAAAGAUGGAGAAGCAGGGGGUUCUGGGAAAAAACAAAUCUGAGAAGAAAGUAAAGAAGAGAAAAUGGUGGCAGAGACGCCAGAAGGUGGAGAUGCAGGACGUGGAGGGUGAGAAGGGAAAUGAGGUAAAGGGUGAAGAGAUGGGGCAAGGAGUGGGGCAGAAGGUUUUAGAGGACCAGGCAGACCAAACACCAAAGGUAGAGAUGCAGGUGGCCCCACGGGACCUGGUGGAAGAACCAGAACAGGUCGUUGUAAAGGACCAGAGGAGGAAACCAGUAAACAAGGUGGUUCUGGUUUGUGAGAUUGAGAUGAAGAAGUUAGAGCAGGUGGACCCAGUGGAGCAGGUUGAAGAAACAGAGCAGGUCAUCCUGAAGAACCAGUGGAUGGGACAUGUAAAAAAUAAGAUUCAUUGCAUAGAGAAUGAGAUAAAGAAGAAGGAGAGGCAGGUGGACCCGCUAAACCUGGUGGAAGAACCAGAACUGGUCAUCCUAAAGGAGCAGGGGAAGGGACAGGUAAAAAAUAGGGUGUGUUUUAUAGAGAAUAAGCUAAAGAAGGAGGAGAGGCAGGUGGACCCGCUAAACCUGGUGGAAGAACCAGAGCUGGUCAUCCUAAAGGAGCAGGGGAAGGGACAGGUAAAAAAUAGGGUUAGUUUUAUAGAGUAUAAGCUAAAGAAGGAGGAGAGGCAGGUGGACCCAGUGAAUAAAACAGACCAGUUCGUGAAGAAGGAGGAGAGGCAGGUGGCCCCGCUGAACCUGGUGGAAGAACCAGACCAGGACAUGAAGAAGGAUCCAGCAGCUUUGGAGGACAAAAUGUGGAAACUGAAAGAACAGAACCUGGAUAGAGGAAGCACUGAAGAUCCACUGAAGAACGUCUCCGAGGUGUCUUCAAACAAACCAGACCCCCAGCAGCUGCAGGACGACGUUCUUGUUCCCAUCGUCGAAGCCCAACCUGGAGAGUCCGGGGCUCUGAUGGAGAGCGCGUGUGAAGAUAAAGGUGUCCCGAUGCCGAAGUCGAGGAGAACCAGCCUGAGAACCAAACGGUUCCAGUUCUUCAACGUCUGAAGCUGAGGUGGUGACGAUCCGGAGAUCAUCCAAUCACACGCCGACUUUUCCAACAUCAAAAUAACAAUAAAGUGCCUUCAUGAA